AUGGCUGUAGAUCCUCGAAUAGGCACAGAACAUGAAAAAUUUGGUUUCGAGUUUCGUAGCUUAUGCGCAAUGACUUAUGAACAAAUAUCUGAGUUGCUAAAUGGUAUUGCGGAGAGAUUUGAUUGGGAUAAAGUAAUGGAAGGAAACAAAAUAAUCGGACUCAAACAGGGGAAGCAGAGCAUAUCAUUAGAGCCUGGUGGGCAGUUUGAGCUCAGUGGUGCACCUCUUGAAACCUUGCAUCAGACCUGUGCUGAGGUCAAUUCACAUCUUUAUCAGGUGAAAGCAGUUGCAACCGAAAUGGGGAUUGGAUUCUUAGGAAUUGGAUUCCAACCCAAAUGGGGACUCAAGGAUAUACCUGUUAUGCCUAAGGGGAGAUAUGAGAUAAUGAAAAACUACAUGCCUAAAGUUGGAACUCUUGGACUUGAUAUGAUGUUUAGGACAUGUACUGUUCAGGUAAAUCUGGACUUCAGUUCAGAAGUUGACAUGAUCAGGAAAUUUCGAGCUGGUCUUGCUCUGCAGCCUAUAGCAACAGCUCUAUUUGCAAAUUCACCUUUUACUGAAGGAAAGCCAAAUGGUUAUCUCAGCAUGAGGAGCCAAAUAUGGACUGAUACUGACAAUAAUCGCGCUGGGAUGCUUCCUUUUGUUUUCGAUGAUUCCUUUGGAUUUGAGCAGUAUGUUGACUACGCUCUCGAUGUUCCCAUGUAUUUUGUUUAUCGCAACAAGAAGUAUAUCAACUGCGCUGGGAUGUCAUUCCGGGACUUUAUGGCCGGAAAACUUCCAUGUAUUCCGGGUGAAUUGCCAUCCCUUAAUGAUUGGGAAAACCAUCUGACGACGUUAUUUCCUGAGGUCAGGCUCAAGAGAUACUUGGAGAUGAGAGGUGCUGAUGGAGGGCCUUGGAAGCUAUGCGCAUUGCCAGCAUUUUGGGUAGGUUUAUUAUAUGACGAAGUAUCACUCCAAAAUGUUCUUGAUAUGACAGCUGAUUGGACCUCAGAGGAAAGGCAAAUGUUAAGAAAUAAGGUUCCAAAAACUGGUUUGAAAACACCAUUUAGAGAUGGUUUGCUGAAGCACGUUGCUGAAGAUGUUUUGAAGCUGGCAAAGGAUGGCUUAGAACGAAGAGGUUUCAAGGAAUCAGGAUUCUUAAAUGAGGUUGCCGAUGUGGUUAGAACAGGUGUGACGCCAGCCGAGAAACUGCUGGAGCUGUACUAUGGCAAGUGGGAGCAAAGUGUAGAUCCUGUCUUUGAGGAGCUAUUGUACUAAGGUUAAUUAGAUUCUUGUGGCACUCUGGUUGCCCUUAAAUGUAAUCUUCUUUGAGGUUUGGCCUUAAUCUUUAGUUUCUUUUCUGAGCUUCUUGUGAGGGGCUGUGACUGAGGAACAUAUUUUUACACAAGAAUAAAAGGCUAUUUGGUCAUUGACAAUAAGAUUCCUGUGUAACUAGCAUUAAAAAGAAAAUCAAAUAAAAAUUACUCUAAAUGAACGAAGAUUAUUGAGCUUAUAGGUGAA